UUGCGGCAGACUACAGCUACACCCGGCAGUGGAAGAAGGCUCGGCUGGAGCAUAACAAACAGCAGGUUCAGCACGCGUAAGCGGUCUUCCGUAUCAACCCCAAUCCCACUAUCAAUCGGCAAACUAACCGGACAAUGUUCGGAAUCACGCGUCAAUAUCUGUGGAGUGUGGUGCCGAUGUUCGGGUUCGGCAUCGGCUGGUUUCUGGACUGCAAGGAAACGGAACGUAUGACGAUGUUCCGGGACAAGAGUGCACUGUACGGGCGCACGUUGAAGGAAGGCGAGAAGCCAUCGUGGCCGUAGUGCAGAAGGGCAGAAAAGGAGGAUGCAGCAGAAGGACAUUUAGGCGGCCAUAGAAGCCUGCUCUUUAGAGCAAAAUCGAAAUACAAUGAUGUGAAU